UAUUAUUUUUUUCCCACUACACCGUGGGCGACAGCAUGGCGGGUGAUGAAAGUGGCGGGGCUGGGCCGAUAAGACGCAGGCUAGGCAGUAGCAGUGUAGGCAAGGGGAAAGAGCAAGUGCAGCAUGUUCCCGACAAGCCCUCGUCAAGCAAGUCAGCGCAGUCAAGAACAACGGCCAUCAACAAGGAGGCGACACCCGCCACUGAUCCUAGUCUCUUUCAAGCUAAGGACGAGGACGCCCAUAAGAAGCUGCUGAAGAAGAAUGCAGUCUGGAAGUUGGUCGAACAGGGACAGGAGGCAUUCCCUGCAGGACGUGGGGAGUACUGGCUGAGGUGUCGCCUUUGUUCCAAGGUCUUCAGGGGGUCGUCAACGAAGGUGGUUGACCAUUUCUUGAAAGUGCAGAAACCGUGUCCUUUCCGGACGGGGGAGAUUGUGGAUGAGCUUGUUACUCAGGGAGGCAAGGUUAACCCCAAAGACAAGAACACCCGGUACUUGCUGCAGAACUUCAGAGGACUCUCGAGGGGCGUGGAGGGGGGCGAGGAGGCUGCGGAGAAUGCAUCAGAUGCUAAAGAUCCGUCGUCUUGGCCGGUGCCUCCGCCUGUCCGAGGGCGGUCGGUUCCACAAGGUGCUGCACCGAUUGCAACAACAGAUGACGAAGCUGCAGCGAGGGGCGAUGGUGGCACCGGUGGAGGGGAGGCUUGUGCCAAAGUUGUGGUGGUGAAGACGCAGACCACAAUAAGAAAGUGGAUUGACAACGAUGCACAGAAGAAGUUAGAUGUUGCUCUUUUGUUGAAGGACCUAAGCAGUUUGCCUUGGGUGAAGGACACGGUGAAGAUGGCGAACACGAUCGUGAAGUUCAUCAGGAACCAUCAUGCCACGCACGGUCUCAUGAUGUGCAUCGAUGACUCCUUGUCAUUGCUGCGCCCGACAGAGGUCCGGUUUGGGUCGGUGUACCAGAUGCUGCACAGGCUGGAGGACAGGGCGGAAGUGUUGAAUGAGAUGGUGGAAGGAGGUUCUGCAACAAAGUGGAGGCCAUUGAGAUGGUCGGGAGAGAAGCUGCAGAAAAAAGCCGACCUUGUCUACUACACUGCAAGGUCAGAGGAUUGGUGGGCCAAAGUCAAGAAAAUUGUGGCAAUUAUGGAGCCGGUGUACAGCCUCCUGAAGAGGAUGGACAGGGAAGGAGUUUCUCCCACCAACCUCGUGGAGUUCGACGAUCUCAUUGCAAGGAAGUUGGCAAACGUCGUACUCACGAAGAAGGAGAGGGAGGAUGUAAUGGACCAGCCGCACAUGGACAUGUGGGAUCAUCUCUACGAGUUUCUGAGAGAGCUUGUGGAAGAGGAAGUGAGGACAGAUGAACACAUGUGGACACCAGGUGCCAUCAUGCAAGCAACGCGACGUACGCCUGUGGACUGGUGGAUCUUGCACAGUGGGGAUGUUCCAGCUUUGCAGGAGAUUGCCAUCAACGUGUUGGGAAUGUGGAGCACGACGACACCGGCGGAGCGGAACAAGGCAUCGAUGGACUUUGUCCAUUCGAAGCGGAGAAACAGCCUCUCGCCAGAGUCCUUGGAGAAGCUGGUUUACAUUCAUUGGAACAUGCAGUUGUUGGGUGUUCCGAAUAGCAAGGACAAUGGCUACAUUGAUGUUUGGGGAUCCUUCUUCGAGCCGUUGAUGGAGCCGGCAACGGAAGAUGGAGCAAUUGAGGAACCCACGGAGGAUGAGACAGCGGAUAACAUCGAGGAGGAAAAAAGUCAGAAGAGACUGAAGAAGACUCCCAAAAACCGGAUUCCGAAGAGCCUGCUGGAUGACGACUCAAGUGGGAGUAGCGAUCUUGAGGAUCUGGUGUGGAAGGGGAAGUGUUGGAACGAGUCCACUUCCGAGGAGGGUGACAAUGAGGAUGACAUUGGGGAGGACUCAGAUUUCGAGUUAGGGAGCAAACCGGCAGUGCCAGCCACUACGUACGUAGGUCAGAGGCUUGGGAGGCGAGAGAAGGAGGCGGAGGUGCUGCCUUCAGAGCCCAUCGACAGACUGCACACUGAUAUCGAGUUCUUGGCACACCCUAUGCCUGAUGCAGACGAGGAGGAAGCAUCUCGGGCCAAGGCUAUGGCAGAUCGGGAUGCCGCUUUGGUUCGGAGGCGGAUGUGUGAGGAGGAGUUUCGCCGUGCUGCUGUCCCCACCCGGAGGGAGAGAGAGAGACAGAGCAAACAGGUCCCCCAACAUGAGGAGCAGCAUAGUGAGGAAAAGGAUGAAAGGGUGGACAACAUGGAGGUCGAUGACGCGGCCGUGCGUGCAGAAAAUGAAGGGCGUUUGCAGCAUGCGGGAGUGGAUAUUGAAGCAGUUGGAGAAAAAAAUGUGCAGCAAGAAGAGGAAAAAAGUUCGCCGCGAGAGGGAGAUGAUAUGAAGGAGGAUGUGGACAAAACUCAGCAGCAAGGGGAAGAGGAAAUGCAGGGACCAACACCACCCACGGUUUACACACGAAGACCCCGCCCAUUGGCACCGCACCAGCCUGCACCGCAAGAGCCACAGGAGGACCAGCAGGCCGUGGUUGCGGAGCAGCCAGAAACACUCGGAUCAACGGUGCGUGGUUUCCGAGGAGCAGCAGUCCACUCCGGCAGUCCCCCCUACCCAGCACAGAAUGAGGAUGCCCAACACGACAACGUCUGGAAAAGCAGGGCGGGGCGAAAGAGGAAGGCUCCAGUGAAUGACCUCCCCGCACCUGACAAACCACGUCGCCAUCGUGGGAGGCCCCGCAAGGAGAAGAUGGGGCACGAAACUGCACCGAAGUCGGAACGUGGUCGUGGCAGGCCCCGCAAAGUGCGAGUCUCGAAGGAUGACCCCGACUCAGAUGCCUGCAGUUCAGAGUCACCCGACAACGAGAGUAGCAAAGGGGAUUCCGAAUGAGAAAGAGAGAGAGAGAUAGUGUGUGUGUGUGUGUGUGUGUGUGUGUGUGUGUGUGUAUGUGUGUGUGUGUGUGUGUGUGUGUGUGUGUGAGUGAGAGAGAGAGAGAGAGAGAGAGAGUGAGUGAGUGAGAGAGAGAGAGAGAGAGAGAAAGAGAGAGAGAGAGAGGGAGUUCCGACGCGAACAUGACAAAGUGCUACAAAUCUUUAUCU